GCCUUGCACGGGCGCUGGCAGCCCCCGUUCUGCUGCAGGAGCAACACCGGCAAGAGGGACCCCCAGCGAGGAGGGGACCAUCACCCACCUCCCCAGGAGCAAAGCAGGCAAGAAGACAGUGGCCAUGGUUGUGGUGGGGUUUCCCUCUAAGGGGUGCAGAAGAGCCCUUGCUGCCCAGGCACCGGAGCUGCUGGCUUAGCCCUCGCGGGGGAUGGCGAGCCGAACAGGGCUGAACACCACGGACAGCCUAGAACCACUCUCCAUCCCUGAGCAGUCCAUCGCCCAGGAGGUGGUGGGCCUCCUCUGCAUGGUCCUGCUCACCCUCACUGCCCUGGUGGCCAACACCGUGGUGAUGAUCGUCAUUCUCAAAACCCCCCUUCUCAGGAAAUUCAUCUUUGUCUGCCACCUCUGUGUGGUCGACCUCCUCUCUGCCAUUUUCCUCAUGCCCCUGGGGAUCAUCUCCAGCUCCUCCUGCUUCAACAGGGUGAUCUACAGCAUUGCUGAGUGCCAGGCCUUGAUAUUCCUGAAUGUCUGCUUCAUCAGUGCCUCCAUCCUCACCAUCUCCAUCAUCAGCGUGGAGAGGUACUACUACAUCGUCCACCCCAUGAGGUAUGAGGUGAAGAUGACCAUCAGGCUGGCAGUGGCCGGAGUGAUCUUCAUUUGGGUCAAGUCUGUUCUCAUCACUGUCUUGGCACUAGUAGGCUGGCCUCAAGGCAACGGGGCCACCAGUGCCAGCCGCUGCACAGUCUACUGGAGCCCUGGGGCCCAGAAGAAGGUUUUUGUGAUCAUCUUCAGCAUCGUCUGCUUUGUCCUGCCCACCAUCAUCAUCUUUGCUGUCUACUGCAGUGUCUACCGCGUGGCCCGGAUGGCAUCCCAGCAGCACGUGCCCAUGCCAGCACAGGCAGCUGUGCCAAGACACCGAUCUGAUUCCAUUGCCAGCCAAGUGACCAUCAUCACCACCAGGAACCUGCCACUGCCCAGGCUGACGCCAGAGCGUUUUUUGGGAAGCAACAAGGCCAUCCUCACCUUGGUCCUCAUUGUGGGACAGUUCUUGUGCUGCUGGCUGCCCUUCUUUGCUUUCCAUUUGCACUCCUCUGUUGCCACUGGCACGGUGGGUGGUGGGCAUGGGGAGAUGGUGGUCACCUGGAUUGCCUACUCCUCCUUUGCCAUCAAUCCCUUCUUCUAUGGGCUGCUGAACCGCCAGAUCCGGGAGGAGCUGGCCCGGCUCCGGCGCAGCUGUCUCAACCGUCCACUGGGCCAGGAGCUCUGUCUUUCCGUUUCGGAGGCCUCUGUCCAGGAAAACUUCUUGCAAUUCCUCCAGAGAGCAAGUUGCACGCUGGAGACCCACGCCAGCUGCAUCAGUGCCAGCCCCAGGAACAGGUUGGACCAGACCAAGAUGGGCUUCUCCAUCCCAGGUCAAGUUCCUGAAGAGAGCAGCUGAGGAGCAGGGGACCCUGUCCCACUGUACUGGGCAGGGGACCUGCCAGGGACCCGUCAGACCUGCUUGGACCCAGCCUCUUGGACUUGGAGGGGCCCUUGUUCAGGUUUUCCUCUUCUCAGCUUACGGUGGAAGAUGGUUUCUCGGCCUGGGAGAAGGCAGCAGAUCUGGGGAAGCCUCAUCUCCCUUCUGCAGGCUGGGAUCCUCUCUGUCUCCACCAGCACAGCGCAGUUGCAUGGAUGGGCUCUCCUUGGGAUGCAGGAUGCCAAGGGGCUCCUACGCGAGGGCAGAGGAGGGGGCACCUCCAUCUCCAUCACCCCGCUGGGAUCACUCGUGGCGAGCAAGGAAGAGCAGAGGUCCUUUGCACCCUGCCCAGGAGCAAUGGCCCAGCUAACACCACUAACACCAGUAACACCAGGGCCACAGGCACCCUGCUGAGCCUGGACGACCAGCGUGGAGCCCUCCAUCCUUGGCUGUUUAACCCAAAACUAACCUCUGGGUGGAGGAGCUCCCUUCACCCGUGGUACUUAACAGGGGGACGGCGCCCACGGGGCCGGCUCUGGCCGUGUCUGUGUUUUUCCUGCUGGCAUGGCAGCAUGCAGUGCCCAUGGCCGUGCCCUCUGCCCCGGCCCCUCCCAGCUGGCAGGGGCUGCCCCUCUGCAGGGGGGCUGGCUGGCUGGGGGUCCGUGCCGGGCUGUUUAUGGACACAGCUGCCCAGCUGAAGCCCAGCCAGCGGUGACACGUGCCAGCCGAACCGGGCUGCCGGCCAGGGGUGCACUGGGGUGGACGCAGUGGCACGGAGGGGUGAGGAGGGGGGUGGCGUGCAGGGCAACGGCAGCCGGAGGGGACCAGGAGCCGCUGUCCCCCUUUGGUCCCACUGCUUCUGCAGGGCUUGGGGACCCUCCUGUGGGACCCCCAGUGCAAACAAGGGGACUGGACCCUGCUGGGGGGAUGCUGGAGGAGUACAUCACUCCCAGCCCACCCACAAAGGUCCCAGGGACGGUGCUGGCACAGUGGGCUGGAGAGUCCCCUGCCCCAGCAAUAACUGGGGGGCUGGGGGAGAACUGCCCCACGGCCUGUCAAACUGCCCCAUGGCAGGGAGGGGGCCCUGGGAAGACCCCCAGAGAGACUGGGGCUGAGGGCCAGCACCCCCCUGGCCACAGGAACACCCCUCCAGCCACCACCCCGUGUCCCCAGGAGCGGGGGCUGACCCUGCUGUGGGGGGGUGUCUCCACUCAGGAUAGGGGAUAUUAUUAUUUUUUUCUUGUAAAUUUUAUCUUUUUAUUAAACCAUUGAUAAGU